AUGAAUGUUAAGAAUAAAGAGACAAUGAGUUUUAGAAGUAUAUUUCUUGCAAAUAGUCUUGUAAAUCUUGUGAGUACGAAUCGUACAAAUAUGAAUCAUACGAGUCUUAAAGAUACAAAUCUUGAGGAUAUGAAUCCUGUGAAUAUGAAUCUUGAGAAUAGUCUUGGGAAUAGUCUUGGGAAUAGUCUUGGAAAUAGUCUUGAAAAUGGUUUUGAGAGUAAUCUUUGGAGUAGUCUUGGGAAUAGUCUUGGAAAUAGUCUUAAGAAUAGCCUUGAGAAUAGUCUUGAAA